AAUUUAGAUCCAUUUGGCAAGUUCUUGAAGCGCCCAAUCAGCGCCCUUAAAAAGUCAUACAAAGUAGUUCCGGUUUCAUGGACGAACCAAUGGGAGACUCGCUUGUCCCGCGCUGUAAUUGGUUGCUUCCCCGCGCUUCUCCGCGUUCGGAACGGAGAAAUCAACAGCAGUGAUGGCGGAUGGUAUUGUGCUUCCCUUUAUUCUAUGAAUUGUUUCAAUCACAACGAUAUGGAACAAGUAACAGAAGGACAGGCACCAGUUGCAGAAAAUCCGCGUGCUGAAUAUGGUCUUUCUGAAAACGUUAAGAGAAUAUCUGAAAACGAGAAGGCCAGCAUGGAUAAACUUGCCAAACAGAAGGUGGAUCUGCAAGCCCUACCAACACGAGCAUAUUUAGAUCAGACGGUUGUUCCGAUUCUCCUACAGAGUCUUUCAGUGCUGGCCAAAGAGAGACCUCAAAAUCCUAUAGAAUUUUUAGCAGCACAUCUUCUCAAGAACAAGUCACAGUUUGAGGAUCGAAAUUAACACAUGGGGAGGUAGCUGAAGACCUGCUCUGUGGCCGUUUUUAUUAAUGAACCACAGCUGCUAAUUGCGGUUUUAUAAUGCAUGCGAUGAAAUGUAAAUUAAAAAGAAACAUUCUGCCACUUAA